UCCGAGACCCGAAAAAAAACUUGCCGUAACAGCCCACGGAUUCCUGCAGAGGUUCCCAUCAUUAUUCUCUGGGCAACCAUGGCUAACUUGGCGACGAUUCUCAAGAUCUGUGUUCUCACAUUAGUUGUUUGCGUCGUCCAAGUGGCUGGGUCAGGCUGCCCGGCUUUGGAGUGCUGGUUCGUGCAGGAGAAGCCGGGUCGAGGUGGCGGUAUUGGCACUCCCAUGAGCCAGGAGAAAUCUAUCAUGUACAUCCGGACCGACCCCGACAGCGAAGUCCCCGAUUCUCAGCGCCGCACGCCUGCGGAUAUCAGCCCUUCUAGAGUUUACUACGUCAUCGAUCUGGCAGCCUCUUUCUGCAGUUCUGCUCUCCACCCACCAGCGGGCUCUGUGACUAAACCCCAGUGUGAGAUUAACCCUUUCAUCCCUCACGCCUCAAUGGUCAAAUGGGCAGCCGCGCUCACUGAGUCCGCUCAGAGCCCGGCCUACCUGCAGGCUGAUUGGUUCUCUGUGGCUGCGCAAGGGCUUGAUGGAGAGCUAACACUGUCCAAUGUGAUGAGAGCUCCCACAGGUUCCAAAGAACCAAACGUGAUCCUUAGCGUUAGCAGUAAGACAGCCGUGGUCCGUUCCAGGCUGGGGGAACGAGUGCACCUAGACUGUGGAUUUUGGGUGAAUCCUUCCUCUCCGCUGUUUGGUACUGGUUUCUCUGUGGAGUGGCGCUACCAGUACCGUGGGGAGGGUCGUCUAGUCCUGGCCUAUGACGGUAAGAGCGACCGCUUCGCCGAGACGACGGAGACUGGCGCUGAGCUGGACAUCGCCAGUCUUUAUGAGACGGGGAACGCGACACUGAUCCUGGAGGAGGCCCAGGUACGCCACUCAGGAACCUACAUCUGCACCGUGUACCUACCCCACCUGCUCGCCCAGGUGGCUGUGGAUCUGGAGAUCGUGGAGCCUCCAUCUCUCUCCAUCUUCCCAUCCCCACUGCCUCUCUCUUUACCCGGCCAGGUGGUGUCGGUGCAGUGUGAGGCAUCGGGGUUUAACCCCCUCUCUCUAGACCUGAGCUGGGAGUUUGUGGGAGCAGACGGUAAAGUUCGGUCUCUGGGUCAGGGCAGCGUGACGGGCCACCGCCAGGCCUCUGAUGGCACUUUCAGCCAGACCACUCGCCUGGAGCUGGACUCAUCCAAACUGGGCCUGGGCCGGGGUGGUGAGGUCCGGUGUGUGGCUGAACACGCCGGGGGAACCAGGCGAGCCAGUGUCACCCUCAAUGUCAUUGGCAUCAGCGCUCCCUCCAUAGAGGACUCCAUGGCGAUGGUUGCCGUAGCGUUGGUGUUGUAUGGCCUGAUUAAGGUUCUCUUCUGGAUGUGCAGCUCAUCUGAUACCAGUGACACUGAUUCAAAGGACAAGAAAGAGAAGUAACUGUGGAUGUCAGCUUUUGUACUGUGAACGCAGGGAUGCUCUGGCAUGUUUCUGUCAGCAGUUGUCCAGCAAAAACAGGGGCGUAAAGAUUUACCCCCCAAAAUAAGUGCUGUAAAUAUUUGAAUUGUGGACGGAGGUUAUUGU